AUGAACGGCUCUCUUUUAACCCCACCUAGCCCGCGGGCAGCCAACUCCUCCCCCCUGCCCCCAUCACCCUCCCCCCCUCCGUCCCCCUCCCUGUUGCCCCAGUUCCCUCGGCCACCCCCCCUGCCCCCUCCCUUGGCCCCUCCCCUGGCCCAGCCUCACCCCUCCUCGCUGUCGGACACCCCCACGUCCUCCCCCUGCCUGAGUUGGACGGAGUUCUGUGAGCUGCAUGCCCGCAUGGCGGCCAGGGACUUUGCCCGCCACUUCCGGGCAUUCCUCCUGGAGAACCCGCACUACUCCCCCGACUCUGCUGCCGCCUUCUGUCGCCGUUUCACUGACCGCUUUGUCCGCCAUUUCCAGAGCGAACUGGAGGGGGUGGCAGGGGCGCCGGGUACAGCCCCCGGAAUGGAGGCGGGGAGCUGGGCUCCCCAAUCAGACGCCACCUCCCUGGAAGAGGAGGCGGUCUCUCCCCCUCCCGUCGCCGAGGGAGCCUCCUACCACCCCUGUGCCCCAGCCAACCCGGUGCGAGCCCUGCCCAAGCCUGCCUCCACACGGCUGGUGUUGGAAACCCGAAGUGGGGACCAAUUUCAAGACUCCUAUGCUGUCACAACGGUCCUCCCCCCAUCCUCCUCCUCCUCCUGCUCCUCCUCAGUGGGAGGAGGAAACAACGGCAGGGGUGCCCCGGUUACUGUUAAACACUUCCCUGGUGUCGGCCCUGGCAACGGAGAAACGACGGCCGAGGAAGAGGAGGAUAGCUGGGCGGGCAUAACGGUCAUGGGGGAGGAGGUGGAGCCAGAUGAGGUGGAGGCGGAGCUGGAAGUUUGCUUGGACAAUGAAGACCCCUCCCACAUGCCCCAAACGCCUGCCUCCCCUUGCUCCGACACAUCCCCUCCCCGCUCCAAGGGUAACGGCACCCCGGCCUCGGCAGGAAGCCAGUCCAAAACCAAACUGAAGAAGCGCUUCUCUCUGCGGAGUGUUGGGCGCAGCGUGCGGGGCAGUGUCCGGGGUAUCCUGCACUGGCGCAGCUCAUCCAGCGACUCCCCCCAGAGCUCCUCCCAGCUGCCAUCCAGCUACAGCUACACCAUGGGGGUCCAGGACGCUGCCGCUGGCUCUUCCCCCAAGAGGAACUCUGGCACCCAGCCCCCCACGCCCACCUCUUCCAUGCCUGUCUCCCUCUCCCUGCCCCUCUCCCUCCCCCACUCCUCCUCCUCCUCCCUGCCCCCGUCUUCCUCCAGCAGUGCCACCUCACUCUCGCUAUCGGAGGCGCGGGACCGGCGGCGGAGCAAUGGCGAGGGGGGAGAGAAGGAGAAGUGGAGCCACCGGCUGGAGAAGCUGCGUCUGUCUCGCUCCCCGCCCCCCGUUCUCUCCUCGGCGCCCACUUCGGCCGUGGUGUCGCCUUUCUCCGGCCUGCCCCCCAGCAGCAGCGCCACCCUGAGGAAGACGGGCCGGCUGGUGAGGGAGGGAGGAGUCAGCGUCAGCUCCUCCAUGCCAGAUGAGUUUGCUGGGAGCCACGGUGGUUUCCCUGGCUUUUCCUUCGGCCUGCUGCACCACGGCACACAAGAACACAACAACGCUGGCACUGGCUUAAACAACACCUUGUCCACCGCUAACGCUGCUCAGACAGCCUCAGUGCAGCCUCUCGUCCCCGGGGGCACUGUGGGCUGGAGGGGCGGUCGGUGGCACAAGUGCCGACUGGUCCUGAGGGAGAGGGACAAGGAGGGGGAGCGGGGCGAGGAGUACUAUCUGGAGUUCUUCAUCCCGCCUAAAGUGAGUGAGAGACCUGUUCAGUGCAACUCAAUAUUAGGAAGGUGUUCUUAAUAUUUGGUAUACUCGGUGUAUAUAGCUGCCAAAAAAAAUCACAUUUGAUAAUGAUACAUUUAAUAAUACGUUUGAAAUGUUCUUUUUAUGUGAACAUAAUUAAUGAUGAACUUGCAUUUUCAAGUUGACAGUUUUUGUUUAAUGCCCUACCAGAUAACACUGCCAUAUUGAGAAAUACAAUUAUUGGAAGAUAAAGUUCACAUUUGUAAUUGUACUACAUUAUUGUGAUCGCAUUAUUUGUGACAAAAAGAAGAUGAAAACUUAAUGUGCAAUUUAACAAUGCUUAUUAUUAACCUACAAAUUACAACAUUUUAAUUCAAAUCCUUAUUGGGUGAAACUAUUAUAUAUUAUUCCUCCCAUUUUUGAUUUAAUUUCCUCAUUGUCAUUUGUUAUCCUGGCCACAUUCUUAACAGUUUAGCCUGUCAAUCGAUCGCUGUGGGUGGGAUUGUCAGGGAGGAGCAGGAUAUUUGUCACAGGGUUGGUAGGGUUUUCAGACCUGUUAAGGAAUUAUUGGGGGUGGGAUUUUCAGGGAAGGGAGUAGAUUAGUAAUCGAGUCAUUAAAACACCGUUUCAAUAUAAUUUAUUGUGGAAAAGUAUACUGAACAAAAAUAUAAACUCAACAUGUAAAUAAAAGAUACCAGAAAUGUUCUAUAUGCACAAAAAAACGUAUUUCUCUCAAAUUCUGUGCACAAAUUUGUUCACAUCCCUGUUAGUGAGCAUUUCUCCUUUGCCAAGAUAAUCCAUCCACCUGACAGGUGUGGCAUAUCAAGAAGCUGAUUAAACAGCAUGAUCAUUACACAGGUGCACCUUCUGCUGGGGACAAUAAAAGGCCACUCUGAAAUGUGCAGUUUUGUCACACAACACAAUUCCACAGAUGUCUCAAGUUUUGAGGGCACAUGCAGUUGGCAUGCUGACUGCAGGAAAGUCCACCAGAGCUGUUGCCAGAGAUUUGAAUGCUCAUUUCUCUAACAUAAGUCGCCUCUAACGUCGUUUUAGAGAAUUUGGCAGUAUGUCCAACCGGCAUCACAACCGCAGACCCGUGUAACCACGCCACCACAGGACCUCCACAUCUGGCUUCUUCACCUGCGGGAUCAUCUGAGGGGGGUGCUGAGGACUAUUUAUGUCUAUAAUAAAGCCCUUUUGUGGGUAAGAACUCAUUCUGAUUGGUGGGCCUGUCUCCACAGUGGGUAGGCCUAUGCCCUUCCAGGCCCACCCAUGGCGGCACCCUGCCCAGUCAUGUGAAAUCCUUAGAUUAGGGCCUAUUGAAACAUUUCCAUUGACUGAUUUCCUUAAAUGAACGGUAACUCAGUAAAAUCUUUCAAAUUGUUGCAUGUUACGUUUAUAUUUGUGUUCAGUGUAGUUGUGUUCUGUCCAUAAUAUUGAGUCCCCCGUUAAGAAACGGUGUAGAAUUGCAGGAUAAAAACACAACAACAUGCAACACAUUUCUUGGGGGGGGGGGGGCAUCAGAGUAGAUUGUGUGUCAUUGAUAUAACACUGAGAGGCAUGAGAACCUGUCAACAUGCUCCUUUGGAAUGCUUGGAAAUUAAUUAUAUGUCAUUGGCGGGCAUUGUGAAAAUUGCACAAUUUCUCUGAGCGCACAGAUGGUGUCUUAUUCAAUGGUCUUCUCUGUCCCCCUGUCUCUCAGUCUUCCAAGCCCAGGCUGACUAUCCCAUGCUGCUCUAUUGUGGAUGUGAGGAGCACCACAGCCCUGGAGGUGCCUGACAAGGAGAACACCUUCCUCCUGCAGGUAACACUGCUCUGCUCUGUCUAUCCUUUUCAUUUCCCCUAUUUAUUUAUUUUUGUUCUCUCUCAGUUCAUUUCGUUCAGGUAGUCAUCUCCUGUUCAGCUUGAAUCUGUAGACUGACUUGUAUUUCUCUCUCUCACCCCCUCUCUCUUUCUUACCCCCCUCUAUCUCACGCUCUCUCUCUCAUGCCCUCUCUCGCCCCCUCUCUCUGUCACCCCCUCUCUCACUCACCCUCGCUCUCAACCUCUCUCUCCCCUGUCUCUUUCUCACCCCUCACUCUCUCACCCCCCCUCUCUCUCACGCACUCUUGACCCCUCUCUCUGUCGCCUCCUUUCUCACUCUCUCCCUCUAUCGCUCUCUCUAACCCUAUCUUUCUCUCUGUCAGUUGGAGGGACAGGUGCAGUAUGUGAUUGAGACGCGAGACGCUGUGCAGAUGAGAGCCUGGUUGAGUGACAUCAGGAACGGUAUAUGUAUCAGGUAAGCAAAUUGUGUGUUAAGUAAUACAUGUAACAGUUUUCUUUCAAGUCAGUGAUUAGGGAGGGGAGAGCAGUGAGUGAGAGAAGAGGGACCAUAAAUAUGCUUGUAUUCACUGACUGUCGACUAUCGAUGAGGUCAACAGAAGUCGAAGCGACACCCCACCUAGAACAAGCUUUGUGUAUCUUGACUCUACAGUGAACAGGAGGACAUAGAAGGCGUGUGUGGGGGACCCAUGGACAUCAGUGGAACGCCAGAAUUCAGUGACCGCCUCUCUCAAGGUGAGUGGGACAUGACAAAUCGAUCCCUAGACACCUCCCCAAGCUACUACUCUUAGACCAAUAUAUACCAACCAGUCAAUCGCGGUCCUAGUCGACUGGGCAUUCCUAGUCGAUCGCCAAACAUUUCUGUAGAAAAGCCAUUGAUAAAGCCUGUUGGUGGUAGGUGCACUUGAUUCAGCUGCCCUGCGCGCCGGGUAGGCAAAGUGUUCCCAUUUUGAACCACUUCAUUUGUCUGAAGGAACAAACUCCGUCUACCCGGCAGACCCGUAGAGCUAAAUCAAGUGUGCCUACUGCGCUGGCCAAUCGGAUAGCUCAAAUCACUGUGCCAGCAGCUUCCACUACCCCACAGCAAAGUUUGAUACUAGCCUAAAUGAGAUUUCAUAACUUUUAAAACCCUGACCAGAGAGACUGUCAAAGAAUACAGCAAAGAGCUGCUGUUUUUAUGAUUCAAGACUUUAAAAAAACAUAAAACAUGCUUCUCCCUACUUCCACUCAUGCUACAACCAGCACCGCAGCUGCAAUGAAUGAGUAGCCAAGUGUAUCGAUAUACCUGCAUUUUUAUUAUUAACGGCUCGUCGACUAAUAUUUCACUUUCUCUGGUCAUAGGAACAACAUGAAUUUGUGCAUGAGGCAGAAAUAAUGCAGUGUGACUUGAGUUUGGUCAUCAGGUGGAAGACUGUCUCCCCACUCUCUGGUCAGUCUCACCGGAGAGAAGGAGAGAGCAGGGACCGUGCGAGCCGGACCCUCUGCUCACCUUCUCCCUUCAUCCGCUGAGACUGACCAUCAGAUGCAGGUACAACUAGACAUGGAAACGGUUUAUGAAAUGCACAUUCCUUUAUUUAAUAUAAUAUGUGUAUGAUGCCUUGUCCUUUGGUGCUGCCGAUGUAGCCUGUAGAGAGAAACACAGUUUGUGAGUUCACCGGCAAUUCAUUUGGUUUUGGCAGCAACCAUUUGUUUGUUGCGCUGCAUUUAAUGUUUCUUAUAAUGCCUUUUCUUAUCAAUGUUACCAUUCAAGUGCACAGGGUUCGGUAAUCACUAUGUAAAGUAAAAUAAUUGUUUGCAAACGUAGCCUACCUGUGAAUUGUUUGUUCCUCUGUCAUGCUCCUGCUGAGACGGGAGGUGGGUCAAACGGAGCUUCUUCUUCUUUGGGACUUGGUUGGCGGAUCACAUCCAACUUUUAGGUGCAUACACCGCCACCUACUGUACUGGUGUGAGGCCAUUCACGGCCUACCUACAUGAAAUGAUCUGAUACGGUAAUACAAAAUAGAGAAAAAGGGGAGAUUGCCCUGCAAACUAUUAGCCCUCUCUACAAAACCCACCACCCCAUUCCACUAUUUAACCCUAUCUAAUCCAACUCCAGACUAAUGGUCUGAGAGGACAUAACCUUACCACUCAACACCCCCCUGCAACUGUUCUGCAGUAUAUCCUCGCAAUCCCAAGUACUUCUCUGCCACCUCUAUUUUCUGUGAUUUUCUACAAUUAACAACCAUGGCUAUAAAUGCUCAAAAGUCCACCGUACUGAAGCACAUAUUCUUCCCAUCAUUCUCUUGGUCUCUGCCUACUCACAGGAAUCCUCUCAGGAUCCCUCACCCGGUCCCCAUCUUCCUCUACCACUCUCUUCACUGCUUCGGCAUACGACACUUUCUGUGCUACUUUAACCCUGGUAACCUCAAUCUGCCUUUCUCUCACCGGACACCUCCGAUCUCCAGCCCCAUGGGCACCCCCACAACUAACACACACAACUUUCUCCAUGGAUAACACACAUUCCUUCGUCUCAUGCCCUCCUGCACACUUCUCACAUCUAGGCAUCUCCCUCCUACAUACUGCUGCAACAUGCCCAUAAACUUGACACCUAAAACACCAUUGUAUUUUCAGAACAAACGCUCUCACGGGGUAAUUGACACUUCCUACCAUGACCUUAUCUGGCAAAGACUGCAUCAAAACUCAGCAUGACAGACAAUGUCUUCUCCGGUUCUCCACGCUCUCCACCGGAUCUACAACUCACCAAACGGCGGUGUGACAGACACCGGGAAUCUUCAAUUUCAGCUGCUCCUCCUCAACACUUAAUGCCACCCCCGUUAUCAGUCCUUUCAACGGCGCCCUGCUCCGCAAAGCAAGUCACAAUUAUUGUCCCUAAUCACGUAAUCCGGAGCGCCCACUCCCUCUGGGCGGAGGAAACACAAUAAAUCAUCACAAGUCCACUCCAAGUUACUUACCUUCACCAACUCAACAGUCCCCAACCUCUUCUCCACCCAACCUGACACCACAUAUGGAUCAGCCAAAAUACAAGGAUCCAUUCGCUCUACAAAUCUCACUCCCACUGGGCCAGAAUCAUCCUUAUCAUCCUCAGGACAAGGCCCUGAGAAAUGUUACCCCAAUCCAUUUAUGCUUUAUGCAGGGUCCUACACAAUUUAUUGAAAUGGGUUUGUAUUUAGGAAUGUUUGAUUCAUUGCCUAAAUACACUGAACAAAAAUAUGAAUGCAACAAUUUCAAAGAUUUUACUGAGUUACAGUUCAUAUAAGGAAAUCAGUCAAUUGAAAUGAAUUCAAUAGGCCCUAAUUAAUGGAUUUCACAUGACUGGGAAUACAGAUGUGCAUCUGUUGGUCACAGAUAUCAUGCAACGCGACACAUCUCCUUCGCAGAGUUGAUCAGGUUGUUGAUUGUGGCCUGUGGAAUUUUUGUCCCACUCCUCUUCAAUGGCUGUGCGAAGUUGCUGGAUAUUGGCGGGAACUGGAACACGCUGUCGUACACGUCGAUCCAGAGCAUCCCAAAUAUGCUCAAUGGGUGACAUGCCUGGUAAGUAUGCAGGAAGAACUGGGACAUUUUCAUCUUUCUGGAAUUGUGUACUGAUUCUUGCGACAUGGGGACGUGCAUUAUCAUGUUGAAACAUGAGGUGAUGGCGGCGGAUGAGUAGCAUGACAAUGGGCCUCAGGAUCUCGUCACGGUAUCUCUGUGCAUUCAAAUUGCCAUCAAUAUAAUGCAAUUGUGUUCGUUGUCCGUGGCUUAUGCCUGCCCAUACCAUAACCCCACCGCUACCAUGGGGCACUCUGUUCACAACAUUCAGCAAACCGCUUGCCCACACGAUGCCAUACACGCUGUUUGCCAUCUGCCCGGUAUAGUUGAAACUGGGAUUCAUCCAUGAAGAGCACACUUCUCCAGUGGCCAUCGAAGGUGAGCAUUUGCCCACUGAAGUUGGUUACGACAUUGAACUGCAGUCAGGUCAAGACCCUGGUGAGGACGACGAGCACGCAGAUGAGCUUCCCUGAGACGGUUUCUGACAGUUUGCAGAAAUUCUUCAGUUGUGCAAACCCACAGUUUCAUCAGCUGUCCGGGUGGCUGGUUUCAGAUGAUCCCGCAGGUGAAGAAGCCGAAUGUGGAGGUCCUGGGCUGGCGUGGUUACACGUGGUCUGCGGUUGUGAGGCCGGUUGGACGUACUGCCAACCGCAGUGGUCUAAGGCACUGCAUCGCAGUGCUAGCUGUGCCACUAGAGAUCCUGGUUCGAAUCCAGGCUCUGUCGCAGCCGGCUGCGACCGGGAGACCCAUGGGGCGGUGCACAAUUGGCCCAGCGUCGUCUAGGGUAGGGGAGGGAAUGGCCGGCAGGGGAUGUAGCUCAGUUCGUAGAGCAUGGCGUUUGCAACGCCAGGGUUGUGGGUUCGUUUCCCACGGGGGGUAUAAAAAAAUAAAUAACAAAUACAAAAAAAAUGGGGGAAAAAAAUAGUUAUGUAUGCACUAACUGUAAGUCGCUCUGGAUAAGAGCGUCUGCUAAAUGACUAAAAUGUAAAUGUAAAAUGUUCUCUAAAACGACGUUGGAGGCAGCUUAUGGUAGAGAAAUGAACAUUCAAUUCUCUGGCAACAGCUCUGGUGGACAUUCCUGCAGUCAGCAAGCCAAUUGCAUGCUCCCUCAACUUGAGACAUCUGUGGCAUUGUGUUGUGUGACAAAACUGCACAUUUUAGAGUGGCCUUUUAUUGUCCCCAGCACAAGGUGCACCUGUGUAAUGAUCAUGCUGUUUAAUCAGCUUCUUGAUAUGCCACACCUGUCAAGUGGAUGGAUUAUCUUGGAAAAGGAGACAUUUUCACUAACAAGGUAGUAAACAAAUUGUGCACAAAAUGUAAGAGAAAUACGUUUUUUUGGCAUAUGGAACAUUUCUGGGAUCUUUUAUUUAAGCUCAUGAAACAUGGGACCAACACUUUACAUGUUGCGUUUUAUAUUUUUGUUCAGCGUAUGUUUAUUGUGCUGUUCAGGCCUUUAUGUAAGAUAAUUGUUACCAUUGAUUUGUGAUUGGUCUAAAAUGGUACAGUCCAAGGUGAGGCCUGAUGGGAAUUGUACUUGAAACCCUGCCAGACAGGACAAGGGUAAGGUUGCCAUGAUGGCUGUACACUAAAUAUUUUCAGCUAUUGAUUGAAGCCUGGUUUCUUUGGAGCUCAACUUAUUAUUUGAUACAUUUUCCAGUUUAUGUUACAGUUAUUGUUCUGUUUGUACAUAGUGUACAGUGUUUCAGCGGCUUCACCUCACCGCUGUAAAUAAACACCCUCAUUCUGAGUUUGCACCGUAUCGAAGUGUUUGCCUCCUCACUGAAACCUCUACCGCUAGGGUGGCCUCCGUUACAGUCCUACAAUAAACCUAAUUCCUAAAGAACUGUUUUUAUUUGAUUAAUGUUGCAUAAAAAAAAAAAGAUGUUUAAAAACAGUUCUGAGCUGUAAAGCUCGGCUUGCGUUUUGAAAUUGAACUUGACUCAGAAAAGGUUGGUGACCACUGCACUAGACAAUCUGUAAGGAUCUACAAACAGCAGACAUGUAGCAUAAGGUAAGGAGGAGGUACUACCAUAUUCCUUACCUAGCCAAUCCUAUGACUGCACAGGAUAGGAUCUAGGAGCCCAUUAAGGAUUGUUGUGUGAUGAUUUCCCUGUGUUUCACAAUUUUUUGCAGCUUUACAAAUAUACAGUUACAACACGUAACAACUGAUACAGAAAGCGAGACGAAAAAAGUUGUUUUAACUAUGAGUCCAACUUUGCGUUGCUAUUUGAAAAUACAAGAAGAGCGGUUUAUGUUUGGUUAAAUAAUAAGUAAAACUGAUGUUUUUGCUCCUGUCGUGUUGCAGUGUGUUAUGGAGGUGUGGGCGGCUCCUCCGCGCUGAUGGACCCUCUCCCCCCAGAGUUACCGCCCCGCGCCCCUCUGGACGAAUCAGACGGACGUGGGGGCGGAGCCGGCCUUGGCACACCAUUUGCGGAGACGCCAGAUGCCACAGGUGAAGGCUGCUACACACAAACAAACACACACACACACACACACACACACACACACACACACACACACACACACCAGAAUGUACAGAGCAAGUCUGGUGACACCUUUUUUUAAUCUAAUCUUUUCAUCACUCCCCCAAUCCCUCCUCCCCUCAACCAUCCCUCUUCACAUCCCAGGCUCCUUCCUGUUCUCAGACGUGGCGGAGGCAGUGGAGCACCCUCUGAGCGAGUGCCAGUGGUUCCACGGGACGUUGUCGCGCCUCAAGGCAGCCCAGCUGGUGCUCGCAGGGGGUACGGCCAGCCACGGCGUCUUCCUUGUGCGCCAGAGCGAGACACGCCGCGGGGAGUACGUCCUCACCUUCAACUUCCAGGGCAAGGCCAAGGUACAAGAGACGGGGGAGGGAGAGUGUGUGUGUGUGUGUGUCAAAUCAAAUCACAUUUUAUUUGUCACAUGCGCCGAAUACAACUGGUGUAGACUUUACCGUGAAAUGCUUGCUUACGAGCCCUUCCCAACAAUGCAGAGUUUUAAAAUCAAAAUGAAAUAGUAACAAGAGGAAUACAAUAAGAUACACAAGAAUGGAGCUACAUACAGGGAGUACCAGUAUCAGAUCAAAGUGCAGAGGUACGAGGUGUUUGAGGUAGAUAUGUACAUGAAAGCAGGGUAAAGUGACUAGGCAUCAGGAUAGAUAAUAAUAAGGUGUUUGAGGUAGAUAUGUACAUGAAAGCAGGGUAAAGUGACUAGGCAUCAGGAUAGAUAAUAAUAAGGUAUUUGAGGUAGAUAUGUACAUGAAAGCAGGGUAAAGUGACUAGGCAUCAGGAUAGAUAAUAAUAAGGUAUUUAAGGUAGAUAUGUACAUGAAAGCAGGGUAAAGUGACUAGGCAUCAGGAUAGAUAAUAAUAAGGUGUUUGAGGUAGAUAUGUACAUGAAAGCAGGGUAAAGUGACUAGGCAUCAGGAUAGAUAAUAAUAAGGUAUUUGAGGUAGAUAUGUACAUGAAAGCAGGGUAAAAGUGACUAGGCAUCAGGAUAGAUAAUAAUAAGGUGUUUGAGGUAGAUAUGUACAUGAAAGCAGGGUAAAGUGACUAGGCAUCAGGAUAGAUAAUAAUAAGGUAUUUGAGGUAGAUAUGUACAUGAAAGCAGGGUAAAAGUGACUAGGCAUCAGGAUAGAUAAUAAUAAGGUAUUUGAGGUAGAUAUGUACAUGAAAGCAGGGUAAAGUGACUAGGCAUCAGGAUAGAUAAUAAUAAGGUAUUUGAGGUAGAUAUGUACAUGAAAGCAGGGUAAAGUGACUAGGCAUCAGGAUAGAUAAUAAUAAGGUGUUUGAGGUAGAUAUGUACAUGAAAGCAGGGUAAAGUGACUAGGCAUCAGGAUAGAUAAAUAGUAAUAAUAAGAGUAAAAUAAAGAACAGACCAGCAGCAUCAAAUUACGUGUGUGUGUUUUGUGUUGUCGGUCUGCGUGUAGGUGUUGUGUGUGUAUGUAGUGAAUGUGUGUGGGUUUUGGUUUUGUGUGGGAGUGUCAAUGUAGUGUGUGAGAGUGUAUAUAUAGUCUAUUGAGUGUGCGUAGGGUCAGUGCAAGAUGCAGGCAUUGCAGAUAGUUUGGGUAUCAUUAAUUGACUAUUUAGCAGUCUGGCUAUUUAGCAGUCUUAUGGCUUGGGGGUAGAAGCUGUCUCUGAGCUUGUUGGUCCGAGAGCCGAUGCUCUGGUACCGUUUGCUGGAUGGUAGCAGAGUGAACUGUCUAUGACUUUGGUAGCUGGAGUCUUUGGCAAUUUUUCUGGCCUUCCUCUGACACCGCCUGAUAUAGAAGUGAUGUACUGGGCUGUCCGCACCACCCUCUGUAGCGCUUUGCGCAUUUGCCAUACCAAGCGGUGAUGCAGCCAGUCAAGAUGCUCUCGAUUGCACCAAGGGACUUGAAGCUCUCGACCAGCUCCACAACAGCCCUGACGAUGUGGAUGGGGACAUACUCGCCCCUCCGUUUCCUGUCGUCCACGAUCUGCUCCUUGGUCUUACUGACGUUGAGGGAGAGGUUGUUGUCCUUGCACCACACUGCCAGGUCUCUGACCUCCUCCUUGUAGGCUGAAUCAUCGCUGUCGGUGAUCAGGCCUACCACGCCGUGUCUUCAGCAAACUUGAUGAUGGUGUUUUAGUCGUGCGUGGCCAUGCAGUCGUGGUUGAACAGGGAGUACAGGAGGGGACUAAGUACACACCCCUGAGGGGCCCCCGUGUUGAGGGUCAGCAUGGCAGAGGUUUUGUUGCCUAACAUUACCACCUGGGGCCGGCCCGUCAGGAAGUCCAGGAUCUAGUUGCAGAGGGAGGGGUUCAGUCCCAGGGUCUCUAGCUUGGUGAUGAGCUUGGAGGGGACUAUGGUGUUGAACGCUGAGGUGUAGUCAAUUAAUAGCAUUCUCACAUAGUUAUUUACCCUCUUGUCCAGGUGGGAGAGGGCAGUGUGAAGUGCAAUUGAGAUUGCGUCAUCUGUGAAUCUGUUUGGGCGGUAUACGAAUUGGAUUGGGUCUAGGGCAGGGGUGUCAAACGUCCGGCCCGCGGGCCGGAUCAGGCCCGCAAACGGGUUUAAUCCGGCCCGCGAGAUGAUAAAAAAAUAAAAAUAAAACAAACUGCUGUUCCAAUUGCAUCCACUAGAUGGCGCAAUAGCAAUUGUGUUAAGCAAGCAAACUGUUUAUACCGGGGCAGAGCAAGUAGGUCAAGCACGUGCAGCCAAUGAGCUACUUUGUUUUGCCCGCGAUAUUUAUUACGGCUUCUACUUUUAACAUUAUGUGCUUUGGCACCCUCAUUGCCCCAAUAUGUCUCUGUCAAAAAAUAGAAAAGUGGACGCAGAGUGUUCCAAGAAAAAUGGUCAUCCUAUUUUUUCACGGAAUUGAAUGGGAAAGCUGUAUGUUUGGUGUGUUCAGAGCAUGUUGCAGUGCUGAAAGAAUAUAACCUUCGUCGCCACUAUGUGAGUCUUCAUGCCGACAAAUAUGACAACUUUCAAGGACAGCGGAGAUGAGAGAAGGUGAAUGAACUGUUGGCGGGUCUGAAGAAACAGCAGUCUGUGUUUACUCACAGCCGAGACAUCAGUGACGCUGCAGUGAAAGCUAGCUACCUCAUUGCUAAUGAAAUCGCAGUGGCUUCAAAACCAUUUAGUGAGGGUGAAUUUGUAAAAACAUGCAUGAUGAAGGCAGCAGAGAUUGUGUGCCCUGAAAAGCGGCAGGCUUUUGCAAAUAUCAGCCUGACAAGAAACACAGUUGCAGACAGGAUUUCCGAUCUUUCAGUGGAUUUGGACAGCCAGUUGAAGCAAAAAGUAAAGUCAUUUAUUGCGUUUUCGGUUGCAAUUGAUGAAAGCACGGACAUUACAGAUGUUGCACAACUGGCCAUUUUCAUCCGCGGAGUUGAUGACACAUUGACCGUCACCGAGGAGUUCGUGGAGUUGGUGCCGAUGACAGAUACAACGACAGCAGCUGAUAUUUUUACCGCACUCGUCGGCGCGCUGGACAGGGUCGGAGUGGACUGGUCCCGCGCUGUCAGCCUAGCUACAUAUGGUGCGCCCUCAAUGAUCAGGAAAAAAGCAGGCGUUGUGACAAAGUUCAGAGAGAAAGUGCAAUCUGCAAAUGGAGGACGUGAUUUUUUGACUUUUCACUGUAUUUUGCACCAGGAGGCUUUGUGUUGCAAGUCAUUAAAGAAAAAUAACGUCAUGAAGGUGGUCAUCCAAACUGUUAAUUUCAUCCGAUCCAGAAGCCUGAAUCACCGUCAGUUUGACAGCCUUCUCAGAGAGAAAGACCACAUCUAUGGCCUGCCAUACCACACUGAGGUAAGAUGGUUAAGCCGAGGUGCUGUGCUGAUUCUUUGAUUUACGAGAAGAAAUUGAACAGUUCAUGGAAGAAAAGGGCAAACCAGUGUUAGAAUUUCAUUCCGCAGAAUGGAUGCAGGACCUUGCAUUUAUGGUGGAUGUUACAGAGCACCUGAAUAACUUGAACAAACAGCUGCAAGGGCGCAACAAAGUUGUCACGCAGUAUUAUGACAGCAUACGUUCUUUCAAGUUGAAGCUGUCAUUGUGGGAGACGCAACUUGCCGGUGGUGAUGCAGCUCACUUCCCCUGUCUGAAAAAUGUGUGCGCGACCCAACAUGUGGCAGACAUGAAGCGGUUCAAAGAUAAAAUAACGGGACUGUUACGGGAGUUUGAGCAACGCUUUCAGAUUUAUGUUUAUAUGUUUUUAUGUUGAUGUGCUAUUGUUUUUAAUUGAUUUUAUUUUAUUUGUAUAUUUAACCUAUUCUUGACUCUGUGGUUCUUGCACUUGUUUGGGGAACAGGAUUUCAUUAUUUUUAUCUACAUUUCUGCCUGAGAAAUGACACCCUGAUAUAGUUCUGUGAUCUGUGAUAUACUUCUGUGAAUCACUGAGGCAUUGUGUGUUUGUGUGUUCUUUGUCCUCAGAACUUUCAAAUAACUUGAGGUGUUUUAUGAUUAAUAGUGAUGUUGUGCUUUUGGACACUGUCCUCAGGCUCCAGCUUUAUGUUUAUAUGUUUUUAUGUUGAUGUGCUAUUGUUUUUAAUUGAUUUUAUUUUAUUUGUAUAUUUAACCUAUUCUUGACUCUGUGGUUCUUGCACUUGUUUGGGGAACAGGAUUUCAUUAUUUUUAUCUACAUUUCUGCCUGAGAAAUGACACCCUGAUAUAGUUCUGUGAUCUGUGAAACAGUUCUGUUAAUCACUAAGGCAUUGUGUGUUUCUGUGUUCUUUUUCUUUAGAAUUUUCAAAUAAACUUGACGUGUUUUAUGAUUAAUAGUGAUGUUGUGCUUGUACUAUUUUGGACACACUGUCCUCAGGCUCCAGCUUUAUGUUGUAUGUUGAUCGUAUUAAAACAAAGAAAACAAUCUGAAGUUGUUGUUUUUAAGUUAUAUACAGGUAAAAGUCAGUAAAUUAGAAUAUUUUGAAAAACUUGAUUUAUUUCAGUAAUUGCAUUCAAAAGGUGUAACUUGUACAUUAUAUUUAUUCAUUGCACACAGACUGAUGCAUUCAAAUGUUUAUUUCAUUUAAUUUUGAUGAUUUGAAGUGGCAACAAAUGAAAAUCCAAAAUUCCGUGUGUCACAAAAUUAGAAUAUUACUUAAGGCUAAUACAAAAAAGGGAUUUUUUAGAAAUGUUGGCCAACUGAAAAGUAUGAAAAUGAAAAAUAUGAGCAUGUACAAUACUCAAUACUUGGUUGGAGCUCCUUUUGCCUCAAUUACUGCAUUAAUGCGGCGUGGCAUGGAGUCGAUGAGUUUCUGGCACUGCUCAGGUGUUAUGAGAGCCCAGGUUGCUCUGAUAGUGGCCUUCAGCUCUUCUGCGUUGUUGGGUCUGGCAUUCUGCAUCUUCCUUUUCACAAUACCCCACAGAUUUUCUAUGGGGCUAAGGUCAGGGGAGUUGGCUGGCCAAUUUAGAACAGAAAUACCAUGGUCCGUAAACCAGGCACGGGUAGAUUUUGCGCUGUGUGCAGGCGCCAAGUCCUGUUGGAACCUGAAAUCUCCAUCUCCAUAGAGCAGGUCAGCAGCAGGAAGCAUGAAGUGCUCUAAAACUUGCUGGUAGACGGCUGCGUUGACCCUUGAUCUCAGGAAACAGAGUGGACCGACACCAGCAGAUGACAUGGCACCCCAAACCAUCACUGAUGGUGGAAACUUUACACUAGACUUCAGGCAACGUGGAUCCUGUGCCUCUCCUGUCUUCCUCCAGACUCUGGGACCUCGAUUUCCAAAGGAAAUGCAAAAUUUGCUUUCGUCAGAAAACAUGACUUUAGACCACUCAGCAGCAGUCCAGCUCUUUUUUUCCUUAGCCCAGGUGAGACGCUUUUCGCGCUGUUUCUUGGUCAACAGUGGCUUGACACGAGGUAUGCGGCAGUUGAAACCCAUGUCUUUCAAGCGUCUCUUGGUGGUGGAUCUUGAAGCCCUGACUCCAGCAGCUGUCCACUCCUUGUGAAUCUCCCCCACAUUUUUGAAUGGGUUUUUUUUCACAAUCUUGACUAGGGCGCGGUGAUCCCUAUCGCUUGUACACUUUUUCUGACCACAGUUUUUCCUUCCCUUUGCCUCUCUAUUAAUGUGUUUGGACACAGAGCUCUGAGAACAGCCAGCCUCUUCUGCAAUAACCUUUUGUGUCUUUCCCUCCUUGUGCAAUGUGUCGAUGGUCGCCUUUUGGACAGCUGUCAAAUCUGAAGUCUUCCCCAUGUUUGUGUAGGCUUCAGAACUGGACUGAGAGACCAUUUAAAGCCCUUUGCAGGUGUUUUGAGUUAAUCAGCUGAUUAUUUUGUGGCACCAGGUGUCUUCAAAAUGUAACCCUUACACAAUAUUCUAAUUUUGUGACACACGGAAUUUUGGAUUUUCAUUUGUUGCCACUUCAAAUCAUCAAAAUUAAAUGAAAUAAACAUUUGAAUGCAUCAGUCUGUGUGCAAUGAAUAAAUAUAAUGUACAAGUUACACCUUUUUGAAUGCAAUUACUGAAAUAAAUCAAGUUUUUCAAAAUAUUCUAAUUUACUGACUUUUACCUGUAUACCAUGAUUUUUCCGGUCCGGCCCACUUGGGAAUAGAUUUUCCUCCAUGUGGCCCCUGAGCUAAAAUGAGUUUGACACCCCUGGUCUAGGGUGUCUGGGAUGAUGGUGUUGAUGUGUGUCAUGACCAGCCUUUCAAAGCACUUCAUAAUUACAGAUGCGAGUGCUACAGGGUGAUAGUUAUUUAGGCAGGUUACUUUGGAGCUCUUUGGAACGGUGAAAAUGGUGGUCAGUUUGAAGCAUGUUGGGAUUACAGAUUGGGACUAGGUCGGUGCAUGCUUUGAGAACGCGUGUAGGAUUCCAUCUGGCCCAGUGGCCUUGUGAUUGUUAACCUGUUUAAACGUUUUGCUCACAUCAGCCACCGAGAGUGAGAUCACACAGUCAUCUGGAAAAACAGGGAUUUCACACAAGGCACAGUGUUAUAUUCCUCGAAACAAGCAUAAAAGGCAUUUUGCUCAUUUGUGAGUUCUGCAUCGCUGGGCAACUCAUGGCUGGGUUUCCCUUUGUAAUCCGUUAUUGUCUGCAAGCCCUGCCACAUACGACGAGCGUCGGAGAUGGUGUAAUAGGAUUCCACUUUCCUCCUAUAUUGUCCUUGUGUGAAAGAGAGAGCAAGACAGUGUUGAUGUUUACAUGUGUGUUGGAAAGUACCAGUGUCGUUGUAUGUGAAAUGGUAGGGGAAACAGCUAUACCAUGGUAGGGGAUACACCUGCUAAGUAGCAUCCAAGGCUAACCCAUAUCCCCCUCUCUACUCCCUUCUUUCCUCUAUCCCCCUUCUCGUUCGCUCUCUCUCGCACUCUCUCUCUCCCCCCCAUACCUCCCUUCUCUUCCCUCCCUCGCUCUCCCUUCUCUCUGUCCGCUGCAGCACCUGCGUCUAUCUUUGAACGAGGAUGGCCAGUGCCGAGUGCAGCACCUGUGGUUCCAGUCCAUAUUCGACAUGCUGGAGCACUUCCGCGUGCACCCAAUCCCCCUGGAGUCUGGGGGUGCCUCGGACGUCACCCUCAUCAGCUUUGUGGGCGCCACCGCCGUCCGGCAGCCAGGUAACAGGUCAGGGGUGAAAGGUCACAGGAUGUUCCACUAGGAUGAAACUAUACUGGGUUUAUACUGGCCUCUAAAGGCAAGUCUUGGGUGUUGUAUGUACAUUGUAUGUCUGGUAUAUGUGUUUUUUUCAUUGUGAUUGGGUUACAUGAUGCUAUUACGUCAGUGAAUCAAUAUAGUGUGCGUGUCAUCCCAUUGAAGGUCAGGAGUGUGUACUUGUGUGUGUACAGGCCAUAAGUAAUGUUGUGUGUGCUAAAACAUGGCCACUGCAUGAUGUUUCUGCCAAUGUCAUUAUAACAUAAGACUGGCUGCUUUGCGUCCUCAUCCUGUGGCCACUACAGCAUGGGUGCUUACAUGCGCACACACACACUGGAGUGGCUCCGCAUGGCUUGGUCCCAUCAAUUUGCACUGAUUUUGGCUUGGAUGUUACAUCAACCUAUACAUGCUCCCACCCAUACACCCCUGCCCCUUACAACUGCCCCCCCCCUCACACACACUCACACACAAUUCCAAAUCAACCCCUCGCCCCUACUACCCUCUAAGCCCCUAGGCCCUAGCACUCUACCUCCUCUCCUUCUACACCCUUCUUUCAGUCCCUCCCCUUCCUCCCCCUCUCCCGUGCCUUCCAGAGCUCUGAUUGGCUGUCUCUGUUAUUGUGUUUUCGUUGGGUCAUUCUUCGCAGGCCGGGACAGGGCAGGCAGCCGGCCCACAGUCUGUGAUGUCAUCACCACGCGCCACCCUGACUCUCCAUCAACCCCCAUCUCUGACUGUGUGUAAGUGAGACCAGACUCCACAGAGAGAGAGACCGAGAGAGAGAGAGACCGAGAGAGAGAGAGACCGAGAGAGAGAGAGAGAGACCGAGAGAGACCGAGAGAGAGAGAGACCGAGAGAGAGACCGAGAGAGAGAGAGAGGGAGAGAGACCGAGAGAGACAGAGAGAGAGACCGAGAGACAGAGAGAGAGACCGAGAGACAGAGAGAGAGACAGAGACAGAGAGAGAGACAGACCUAGACCGAGAGACAGACCUAGAGCGAGAGAGACAGAGAGAGACCGACCGAGAGAGCGAGACUGCGAGAGAGACAGAGGGAGAAACCUAGAGCGAGAGGGAGAAACCUAGAGCGAGAGGGAGAAACCUAGAGCGAGAGGGAGAAACCUAGAGCGAGAGGGAAAAACCUAGAGCGGAGAGGGAGAAACCUAGAGCGAGGGAGAACCUAGAGCGAGAGGAGAAACCUAGAGCGAGAGGGAGAAACCUAGAGCGAGAGGGAGAAACCUAGAGCGAGAGGGAGAAACCUAGAGCGAGAGGGAGAAACCUAGAGGGAGAAACCUAGAGCGAGAGGGAGAAACCUAGAGCGAGAGGGAGAAACCUAGAGAGAGGGAGAAACCUAGAGCGAGAGGGAGAAACCUAGAGCGAGAGGGAGAAACCUAGAGCGAGAGGGAGAAACCUAGAGCGAGAGGGAGAAACCUAGAGCGAGAGGGAGAAACCUAGAGCGAGAGGGAGAAACCUAGAGCGAGAGGAGAGAAACUAGAGCGAGAGGGAGAAACCUAGAGCGAGAGGGAAAACCUAGAGCGAGAGGGAGAAACCUAGAGCGAGAGGGAGAAACCUAGAGCGAGAGGGAGAAACCUAGAGCGAGAGGGAGAAACCUAGAGCGAGAGGGAGAAACCUAGAGCGAGAGGGAGAAACCUAGAGCGAGAGACAGCCAGAGAGAGAGACAGCCAGAGAGAGAGACAGCCAGAGAGAGACAGCCAGAGAAACAGCCAGUGAGAGCGAGAGAGAGAGAGAGAGAGAGACAUACAGUGGGAGAGAGACCUAGAGAGACAGAGAAAGAAAGCGAUGGAACGCACCAUAGCGUGAGUGUAGAGCUAGCUAGAGUGGCCAUUCACCUCAGUGCACUGCUCAGUCUUCCAGUGAAGGUAAAGUUUGCACUAACCUUAUCUAGAACGGGACCUACCAUAGAGUAUUUUUGAGAACACAGCUCACUCCUAGAGCAAUGACUUGAGAGACCACCUCUUCUAUAGAAUGUUGUAUCUGCUAAAACGUGUAGGGUCAUGUAGAAUCUUCAUAGAACAUUUUCAGACGAUGCAUUGUUUUGUGUUUUAAAUUAUAUGUAUUUAAUAGACGGGAACAAGGUAUGUGUGUGUAUGUGCGUGCACAGUGUGUGUGUGUGUCUCGACUGAUUCCAUGACUCACAUGGACCUGUCACACAGACAUCACGGCCAUGACACUCACUCUGUCUCUCCCCUCUUCCUCCUCUUCUCCCUUCUCACCGCUCACUCUCUGGAAAUGUCACCUUUACCUUGUCCCCCGCCCUGCCCACCCCUCCUUUAUUUACACCUUUUGCCACUCUUUCUUUCUCUGCUUUUCUCUUUCGGCUGUUCUUUCCUUCCAACAGACUUGACCAGCAGACCCCGUAGCCCCCCCCAGCCUCCUCCUCCACCCCUGCCCCCCGGCCGGCCGCCACCCCCAACCCCACCCCAGGAACGAGGGAACGAGACAGAGCAGGGAGGUGGAGGAGGAACUGCAGCAACUGCAGGAGGAGGUGCAGGAGAAGGAGUGGAGGACUGGGAGGAGAGGGAAGCUCCUCUCCGCCAACUGGAGGGGGUGGAGGGCGAAGAGCGGGAAGGAGGGAGGGCAAGAGCCAUUGACAACCAGUACUCCUUCUUCUGA